GAAUCUGGGCCUCCUGUCAUGGAUGAAGAGACUGGACACAGCCUUGAAUGCAUCCAGGCCAAUCAGAUCUUUCCCAGGAAGCAGCUGAUCCGGGAGGAUGAGAAUCUUCAGGUUCCUUUCCUUGAACUUCAUGGAGAGAGCACAGAGUAUGUGGGCCGUGCUGAGGAUGCCAUCAUUGCCCUUUCUAAUUACAGACUUCACAUCAAGUUCAAGGAGUCUCUUGUAAAUGUUCCUUUACAGCUUAUAGAAAGUGUUGAAUGCAGAGAUAUAUUUCAACUUCAUUUGACUUGUAAAGACUGCAAAGUUAUCAGGUGUCAGUUCUCAACCUUUGAGCAGUGUCAAGAGUGGCUUAAGCGACUGAACAAUGCAAUCCGACCACCUUCUAAAAUAGAAGAUCUCUUCUCAUUUGCAUACCACGCUUGGUGCAUGGAGGUCUAUGCUAGUGAAAAGGAGCAACAUGGAGACCUGUGCAGACCAGGGGAGCACGUAACGUCAAGGUUUAAAAAUGAAGUGGAGCGGAUGGGUUUUGAUAUGAACAAUGCCUGGAGAAUCUCCAACAUCAAUGAGAAGUACAAGCUGUGUGGCAGCUACCCACAGGAACUCAUAGUGCCUGCCUGGAUCACUGACAAAGAACUAGAAAGUGUAGCCAGCUUCAGGUCAUGGAAGCGCAUCCCUGCUGUCGUCUACAGGCACCAGAGCAAUGGAGCCGUCAUUGCCCGCUGUGGACAACCAGAGGUCAGCUGGUGGGGCUGGCGAAAUGCAGACGAUGAGCACCUCGUGCAGUCAGUCGCCAAAGCUUGUGCCUCUGACUCCCGAUCGAGUGGCAGGAAGCUGUCAACUAGGAACAGUUCUCGAGACUUUCCCAAUGGGGGAGACCUUUCUGAUGCAGAGUUUGACUCUUCUCUGUCAAAUGCUUCAGGAGCAGAGAGUUUAGUCGUCCAGCCACAGAAGCUUUUAAUCUUGGAUGCACGGUCCUAUGCAGCGGCUGUGGCCAACCGCGCCAAAGGUGGAGGCUGCGAGUGCCCAGAGUAUUACCCAAACUGUGAAGUUGUGUUCAUGGGGAUGGCAAACAUUCAUUCUAUUCGGAGGAGUUUUCAGUCCCUGCGGUUGCUGUGCACACAGAUGCCAGAUCCGGGAAAUUGGCUCUCAGCUCUUGAAAGUACAAAAUGGCUCCAUCACCUGUCUGUGCUUCUGAAAUCGGCACUUCUGGUGGUGCACGCUGUGGACCGUGAUCAGCGACCGGUGCUAGCACACUGUUCAGAUGGCUGGGAUCGUACCCCCCAGAUUGUGGCACUGGCUAAGCUCUUGCUAGACCCUUAUUAUCGAACCAUAGAGGGUUUCCAGGUUCUCGUGGAGAUGGAAUGGCUGGAUUUUGGCCACAAGUUUGCCGACCGAUGUGGUCAUGGGGAGAACUCGGAUGAUCUGAACGAGCGUUGCCCAGUGUUUCUGCAGUGGCUUGACUGCGUUCAUCAGCUUCAGAGGCAGUUUCCUUGCUCUUUUGAGUUCAAUGAAGCAUUCCUUGUGAAACUGGUGCAGCAUACCUACUCCUGCCUGUUUGGAACAUUCCUGUGCAACAACGCCAAGGAGCGAGGAGAAAAGCAUACUCAGGAACGGACCUGUUCUGUGUGGUCGCUUCUUCGGGCAGGCAACAAGGCUUUCAAAAACCUGCUGUAUUCCUCUCAAUCAGAAGCUGUGCUGUACCCAGUGUGCCACGUGCGCAAUCUGAUGCUGUGGAGUGCAGUGUACCUGCCCUGCCCGUCCCCAUCCACCCCUGUGGACGACAGCUGCGCGCCAUACCCAGCCCCAGGCACCAGCCCUGAUGACUCACCCCUGAGUCGGCUACCAAAGACUAGAUCGUUUGACAAUCUGACCACAGCCUGCGACAACACAGUGCCUCUGGCCAGCCGGCGCAGUAGCGACCCGAGCCUGAAUGAGAAAUGGCAGGAGCACCGGCGCUCGCUAGAACUGAGCAGCCUAGCUGGUCCUGGGGAAGAGCCUCUGGGUGCCGAAGGCCUGGGGAAGCCAGCCAGAGUGCUGGGGGGUGCCGAGCUGUCUGUUGCAGAUGGAGUGGCUGAGGGGCAGAUGGAGAACAUUUUGCAAGAGGCCUCCGAAGAGGAGAGUGGGCUAGAGGAGCCUGCCCAUAAGGGGGACACUGAGAUGCAAGAGAGCAAAGAGGAGGCUCUCUUAGAGAAGGAGAGCAGGAGGAAGAUGCCUGAAGGCUCAGCCUUUGCGGUUGAUAAAGAACCAGAGCUGGACGCUGCUGCUCUGAGGGGCUAUCCAGGCACGAACCUGUCUGUGUUCUCACAGGGUCUUCCUAAACAGCGAGGUGGGCACAGUGUUCUCCCUAGUCUAGUCCAGGAGCCCCUCAGGGGAGAGAACUCCCAGGAGAUUCCUGGAGAGCAGCCUCAAAUGGGAGAUAUCGCAGAGGAUAGGGAGGAGGCAGUUCUUCCAGGCCUGGCAGAUGGAAAAGUUGGCUACGGUACCUCACAGUCUAGUUCUCUGCUGCCGCCCCAAGUCCCAUUUGAGGCCAGAGGACCAAAUGUGGACAGUUCCAUGGACAUGUUAAUGGAAGAUAAGGUAAAGCCAGAAAAUGGGCCCCAGGGUCAUCAUAGAUCUUGCCUGGUAAACAGUAGCACAUUCAGUGGCAAGGAGAUGCUUGCCCAAGCCAUGGAGCCCAGGCCUUUGGAGACGAGCCUAGCUGAGAGGUCCCAAGUGGAUUCUGAGGUGCACAGGACUUCCCCUGGCCGCACUGGCAGCCCAACACGUUCCCCUUGUGCCUUGCCUUUAGCUGAAUGUAAAGAGGGGCUUGUAUGCAAUGGUGCCCUAGAGACUGAAAACAAGGCCUCACAGCAGCCCACAGUGCUUAGCACUCUCCAGAAGUACCCCACACCCAAUGGGCACUGCGCCAAUGGUGAGGCUGGUAGGAGUAAGGACUCCCUGAGUCGCCAGCUGUCUACUGUGAGCUGCAACUCCACCCACUUACACUCAAGGAACUUGCACCACAAGUGGCUACACAGCCACUCGGGAAGGCCAUCUGUGACCAGCAGCCCUGACCAGCCUUCUCGCAGCCACCUGGAUGAUGAUGGCAUGCCUGUCUACACAGACACUAUCCAACAGCGCCUGCGUCAGAUUGAGUCAGGCCAUCAGCAGGAAGUGGAGACCUUGAAGAAGCAAGUACAAGAGCUGAGGAAUCGCCUGGAGAGCCAGUACCUGACCAGCUCCCUACGUUUCAAUGGGGACUUUGGGGAUGAAGUGACUUCAGUCCCCGACUCGGAAAGCAAUCUGGAUCAGAACUGUUUGUCUCGCUGCAGCACAGAGAUUUUCUCUGAAACCAGCUGGGAGCAGGUGGAUAAGCAGGACACAGAGAUGACCCGUUGGCUUCCUGACCACCUGGCCGCCCACUGCUAUGCGUGCGACAGUGCCUUCUGGCUCGCCAGCAGGAAGCACCACUGCAGGAAUUGUGGGAAUGUAUUCUGCUCCAGUUGUUGUAACCAGAAGGUUCCGGUUCCCAGCCAGCAGCUCUUUGAACCCAGUCGAGUGUGCAAGUCUUGCUAUAGCAGCCUACAUCCCACGAGCUCCAGCAUUGACCUUGAACUGGAAAAACCCAUUGCUGCCACUUCAAAUUGAAGCUUAAGUGACCUGGGACAGAGGCCAAGCUGCUGUUCCU